AUGCAUGUCGAGUUUAUUUGUGAGCAACUUGGUCCGAAAACACCAUAUAAAGUAAUUGAAGAAAAAACACUUGUCUCAUCUUCAAAAGCAGAUAUACAGCCAAAAACCCAUAUUCAUGUCACCUUUGCAAUAAUUAGACAUCGUUUAUUCCCUUUGUUGGUUUUAAGAAACAUUUUAAAGUUCCAUCCCAAUAAAAGCCUAGAUAAAUACAAUAGCUUCCUUUCAAAAAAGAGAACCCGAUCAUCUGAAGCUCUCUCUACGUCUGUAGCGGUCGACUUGGAGAAUGAUAUUGAGAUGAAUAACGGAUUUAUUGAGCUGGAAAUAGUCAUGGAAAAGCCGAGGGAUUAUUAUGGCAGUGGAUCCACUGAUGAAGAAACCAAAUAUGAGAAUAAUCCUCGCCUGACUGAUUCCCAAGUUGAUGCCAUCUUACUGCAAGAAAGGACAAAAGAAAAUGAAGUCGAGACUUCAGAGACAGACAACAACACGCUGAAUUGUACUGCCCGUAUAUUUGACUUCAGAAAGAACCAUCAAGAAGAUCAUGUAUACAAUGGAGAUGCUCUUGGAGGCUGUGAAACUACCGGAAAACGACUGGAUUUCCCCAAGCCAGACGCAGUGAUUAACUUUUACUUGCGAGCAAAGAACGAGGUCCCUGUCUUUAAGACCUCUCCAGUCGAGGAUACGAACCGAAAAUCCAAAGUCCAUGAAUUUUCGAUCAACAAGCCAUCCGAAUAUAUUAAGCAUAUUUUGGCAAUCCCUGGCAAGACAUCCCAACUCUCUGCCCUUCCGGACUUUACGGAGAACCAGCGGUUAAACCCCAACCAAGGCAACAAAUGGAAAGAAGACCCAUUAAUCCAGCAUUCUAUGCUCACUUUUGAAGAAUCGGACUAUUGGGUAGGCAACGUUGUCGAAGUUCAAGGCUGCUCAAACCGGUUUCUCUUGGAGAAAUUUUUUACCGAAAACGGAUCCAGCUAUGCCAAUGCUUUCCAGGUAUACGGUGGCCAUGGUCCUUUUCUGAAUCAUCCUGAUGACGCAUACUUCUGGUCGUGUGGAAACUCUACAAACUUUGCUGUCUUUGUUCCCAAGUAUAAGAUGGAAGUGAACAAGUUCCUUUCCAUUGUUCAAAAAGACAGUGGCAGUGGCAGUUUCUUUGGUUUUGGUUUCCCCGUCUCUUCCUGUUAUACCGAGAUUAUCGAUCGUGCUCUUGUCGGUGUCAAAUUUCGCCUGUGGUCCAACACUAGCAAUAUCGAAGAUUUCAAGAGAAUAAUAGCUGGAACCUCCGAUCUUAUGAAAGUGGUCAUCUGCCAACUGAACAUGUAUUCCGAUGAUACCUCUGGAAACGAUUCAAAGCAGUACAACGCAUACGACAAUUACUUGUUGUACUUUGCCGCGAUGGCCCUUGAAGAGAGAAACAAACGGGAGAAUACUCUGUUUGUUUGCACAUCGAAUCAUAUUCUCAAUGCCGUUGAGAUGCUGCCCCCUAUUGCCGACGAUCUUGUUGUCUCGGAGAAAGGUAUCGAGAUGUAUUCUGAAGACCUUGGCGAGUAUGUCUCGUUAGUUACUCCCCUGUUGCUCUUUAUGGGUGACAACCCUAGCCAGUCUCAGCCUGCAAUGCACAAAGGAACAUCAUCAAAGUGUCUUUGCAGAAGAUGUAUUUUCCCUUCUCCUCGUCUGGUCCGGAAGCAUAUAACUGGUGCCCUCCGCUUUUUUCCUGUCGAUCACUUCAGCUGGCCCCAUAGAUCGAAGAACUUCCUUUCCGCCUUUGCCUCCUCUGACAACCAGUCGGAUGUAUACAAAUGUAGUCAUAGCUUUGGCUAUAUAAAGAACGGAAGCGAGGAGUUUUUCAGACUCAAAGCCUUUGACCAGACUAAGGACAUGCCCUUUGAGAUUCUUCACAUGAUCCCACUUGGAUUUAUCGAGUGCCUGUUCAUUUUCUUGUGGAAGCAGCCAGUAUUGACAGCAGUCCAGAAGGAUAGCCUCCAGCGUGAAAUGGCAUCUUACCGAUCCUGUAAAAGCUAUAAUCGAACUUUCCGCAAUCAGCUUUGCCACUCUGGGUCUUUUGUUGGACGCGAUUUCAAGCAAUUGAUUCAAAUACUAUCAGCCUUCCAUGCAGUUGCUAGAUUGUCGUCUUUGGUGUAUAUGCGUGCAAUUCAUGUGGGCUUUGACUACUACCUUAUGCAGAUCCGGAGUGCUGUUGACGAAGUAACCAAAGUGCUCCGUGCGCUAGAUCUUUUUAUCCUGACCACUAAAGAUAAACUCAAGCAACAAGACUUCAGUUUCAAGCCCAAGCUCCACCUUUUGCAUCAAAACGGUGAACAGUUCAACAAGUUCAUCUGUGAGCACUUGUUCAAGACAAACCGCCAGGCAACUUCUAGAGAUGUCACCAAGAAAUUCGCAAAGCAAUUCAUGUGUCGACAUCUUUGCAAUGGUGGAUCCUACAUUGUAGAGAAGCGAGUUGGUAACGGAACACGACCCGUAAGAUAUGUUCCUAGUGAAUUUAUCAAAUGUGCCCCCAUUGAUUUCCCAGCUUUCAAUCUUCACUUCUUUGGCUCCCGUGCUAACAGCGACAACUCUGGCUCAUCGAUUCCAAAUUUGCGCGAUACAUUGGCAGGUGUUUUCCAGGAAAAUGGUCGAUGGUUCCUUGGCCAGGUCUCAAUUGAAGCUCUCAGAGAUGAGAGAAACAGAUUAGUGAGAAAGACGUUCAUGAUGCAAGAGUAUCAAAUGAUACCUAGCGUCAAUGCCAAUACCGUCUACUCUCGUAAUGUAGUAACAGAUCCCUACGGCAACAUUGAAUUUGAUGAGAACGAAGUCGUGGUGAUCCAGGCCGUCGAUAUCCACGUAACCCGUGUACCUGAUAGUAGCCGCAGACUUCUUAACGUUCCAAAGUUUGGCAUGUUCUGGUGGAUGUUGGUAAACAUUUCCAAUAUUGACUGA